CCUUCUCUCUCUAUCUAUCUCUCUCUCUCUCUCUCUUUUUUUUUUUUUUUUUCUCCUCGAGUCAUUCUCUAUGCUUCUUCAUCGUCUUCUUCUUCACAAACGCCUACUUCAGUUAGGCAAUUCCACAAACACCUAACACACCCUCUCUUUCCUCCUCCUCCACCACCCACACCUUUUCCGGCCAGAUCGCCGGCCUCCGCCAUGCACCUCUGGGGACUUCGCACCCCCAUCUUGCUGCAGGCGGCCUUUUCCUGCUGAAUGCCAGGGGAAAACCACCGGCGCCGCCAUGACGGUCAAGAUAAACCGCCAUCAUCGCACCCAACCUCAUAUCAACCUCAAUCUCUGGUUCUUCUCCUGAUUCUUCAUAACCAAGGCGAACCCAUUGUUGUGUCACUGUUUUGCCUUACUUGAGAGAACAUGGCCACUCCCAAUUCCACCCCCAUUGAUUCCUCUUCGGGUGACGAAGCUGCAGCCAAGGCCAUGCACAAGCGUUACGAAGGUUUGGUCACUGUUCGGACCAAGGCUAUCAAGGGCAAAGGAGCUUGGUACUGGGCUCAUCUUGAACCCAUUUUGGUGCCUAAUCCCGACACUGGUCUGCCCAAGGCGGUUAAGCUCAAGUGUUCUUUGUGUGAAGCCGUGUUUUCAGCGUCCAAUCCAUCGAGGACUGCUUCCGAGCAUCUGAAACGCGGCACUUGCCCCAAUUUCAGCUCCGCUUUGAGGCCCAUUUCGACGGUAUCGCCUUCUUUAGCUCUGCCUCCUUCGCAUAAUCAUAGAAAAAGGAGUGCCCAUAUGGGUGCUCCCUCUUCAUCGUACCAUGUUAGUUCGCUGGCUAUGGUUGAUUCUCCCCGCUUCUGCGGAGAAUUGGGGUACUCUUCGCCGCCACCGGUGCAAAACCCAGUUGGGAGUGGUGGGGAAAAGGUGUUAUCACACCAUCAGUUAGUGUUAUCCGGUGGGAAGGAGGAUUUAGGUGCAUUGGCAAUGUUGGAAGAUAGUGUGAAGAGGCUUAAGAGUCCUAAGGCUUCGCCGGGACCAGAAUUAAGCAAGGAACAGAUCAAUUCUGCGCUUGAAUUGCUUGCGGAUUGGUUCUAUGAGUCUUGUGGCUCAGUUUCAUUUUCGAGCCUCGAGCACCCAAAGUUCCAGGCUUUUCUUAACCAAGUCGGGUUGCCCUCUGUCUCUAGGAGGGAGUUUUCGGGGGCACGGCUUGAUACAAAGUUUGACGAGGCCAAGAUUGAGUCUGAAGCCAGAAUUAGAGAUGCCAUGUUUUUUCAAGUUGCUUCUGAUGGGUGGAACAGCAAGAAUUUUGGUUUUUCUUCAGGGGAAGAGAAUUUGGUUAAGUUUACAGUUAAUCUUCCGAAUGGGACUAGUGUGUUUCAGAAGGCGGUGUUCACUGGCGGAUCAGUGCCAUCUAAGCAUGCAGAGGAGAUAUUGUGGGAGACGAUCACUGGUAUAUGCGGGAGUGUUGUGCAGAGGUGUGUAGGGAUAGUUGCGGAUAAGUAUAAGGCCAAAGCAUUGAGGAAUUUGGAGAUUCAGAAUCAUUGGAUGGUUAAUCUCUCUUGCCAGCUUCAGGGGUUCAUUAGUUUAAUCAAGGAUUUUAGCAAAGAGCUUCCACUUUUCAGCAUUGUCACUGAAAAGUGCUUGAAGCUUGCGAAUUUUAUCAAUACUAAGUCUCAAGUUAGGCAUAGUUUCCACAAGUUCCAAUUACAGGAGCUUGAUCAUGUUGGGUUGCUUCGAGUUCCCCCUUCCAAAUGCGAUAACAUGAAGAAUUUUGUGCAUGUUUAUGCAAUGUUGGAGGAUAUAAUGAGCAACGCCCAGGUACUACAAUUGGUUGUGAUGGAUGAAUCAUAUAAGGUGAUAUGUGUAGAGGAUCCAGCUGCAAGGGAAGUAGCAGAUAUGAUUCAAGAUGUGCGGUUUUGGAAUGAGCUCGAUGCAGUUCAUUCGCUAGUAAAGCUUAUUAGAGAAAUGGCUCAAGAGAUUGAGGUUGAGAGACCUUUAGUUGGGCAAUGUCUUCCUCUUUGGGAGGAGCUGAGAACAAAAGUAAGGGAAUGGUGCGUGAAAUUCAACAUCGAUGAGGAGCCUGUUGAGAAGAUAGUUGAAAAGCGGUUCAGAAAAAACUACCAUCCGGCCUGGUCAGCUGCAUUUAUACUUGACCCCUUUUACUUGAUGAGGGAUACGAGUGGGAAAUACCUUCCACCAUUCAAGUGCUUGACACAUGAACAGGAGAAGGAUGUGGAUAAGCUCAUAACCCGUCUAGUUACAAGGGAGGAAGCUCAUAUUGCAUUGAUGGAACUUAUGAAAUGGAGGUCGGAAGGGCUAGACCCACUUUAUGCACAGGCUGUUCAGGUUAAACAGCAAGACCCUGUGACAGGAAAGAUGAAAAUUGCCAACCCUCAGAGCAGUAGACUUGUGUGGGAAACUUGUCUGAAAGAUUUUAAGUCAUUGGGAAAGGUUGCUGUGAGGCUCAUCUUCCUCCAUGCAACAGCGUGUGGGUUUAAGUGUAAUUGGUCUUUCAUGAGAUGGGUUUGUGUCCAUGGUCACUCCAGGGUGGGCCUAGACAGGGCUCAGAAGAUGAUAUUCAUUGCAGCUCAUGCUAAGCUUGAGAGACGGGAUUUCUCUAGUGAGGAAGAAAAGGAUGCAGAACUGUUUGCCAUGGCAAAUGGUGAGAGUGACAUGCUCAAUGAGGUCUUUGCUGAUGCACCCCCAGUGUAAUGUUUUUCUUUUUAACUCGUGUAGAAUUCUAAAAUUGUAGGAUUUAUUAAAUUCUUUCCUCUACUUUUUCCCUUUGUCGUUGUUGUUUACUUCUAAUAGAAGAUUUUGAAGGAGUAGGGUUGGGAGGGAAGGAUAAUGAGAGAGAAUUGAACAAUGUAUUGUUAGAACUUCAUAGCCUCAUGAUUCACAUGAAUCUUCAAUCUCCUGACCGACCAUUAUUUUGGGGUUUCUUGGGUUUGUAGAGAAGAAACUCUUUCUUGUUUAUAAAGAAAAAAAAAGUGGUCCAGGAACAGAACAGGAAGAAUGUUGUAACAUUUUGGUUAAUAGAGUAAUUUGUGAUAAAUAAUACUUAUAAGAACUUGUUUAAUUUUGUA